ACUCACUUAUCACAGAAAACAACUACGCGCAACUACGCCAUAUUAUCCAGUAUAUUGUUCGAUUUCUCUAACCCUGAGUCAGAGUUGUUUCACAAGUGGUUCAAAACAGUCGACCAAAAUGUCUAAUCCAGAAAAUCCACAAGAAGCCAAGUCAAUUUACGAGUUCAGUGCCAAAGACCUUAAGGGCGAAAACGUGUCUUUGGAGAAGUACAAAGGGCACGUUUGCAUCGUCGUAAACGUGGCCUCGCAGUGUGGUUACACCAAGAACAACUACGCCGAGUUGGUCGAAUUAUUCGACGAUUAUGGUGAAUCCAAAGGAUUGAGUAUUCUGGCCUUCCCUUGCAACCAAUUUGCCGGAGAAGAACCGGGGAGCAGUGAAGAAAUUUGCCAGUUUGUUUCAAGCAAAAAUGUCAAAUUUGAUGUUUUUGAGAAGGUUAAUGUUAACGGCAAAGAUGCACACCCGUUGUGGGUCUACUUGAAGCAUAAGCAAGGGGGAACUUUGGGAAAUUUCAUCAAGUGGAAUUUCACUAAGUUUAUCAUCGACAAGAAUGGACAACCGGUUGAAAGGCAUGGACCCAGCACAAAUCCCAAAGAUUUGGUCAAGUCUCUGGAGAAAUAUUGGUGAUGGAAUGUACCAAACUACUUUUUUGUUAUGUUGUUGUCGUCUUAUAUCUAUUAAAAAACAUAUGUACUAUUUAUAGCAGCUUAAGUGCUUUUAUCAGUAGCAUGACUAAAGCAAAUAUUUCGCUAAAGUUUGGAUAAUAAAUAAGUACUAUAGACUGUGAGUAACAACUUGUAACAAUCAUUAUGAUGAAUUGCAUUAUUUAUAUUUGUUUAGUGUUUAUCACAAAAUUAAAGUUUAAUUCUUAA